AUGCAGCCGUCUCCAGACGACCAACCCAAUCCGACCGACCGUCCCGGCACGCCUCCCCGCCCGCCUUACUCCCCCGUGACGCCCGUCUUAUCGCAUCUCGCCCCCGUCCCCAACAACAAUCACAACAACGGCACCGACUUCCCCGCAUCCUCCGCUCCGUUCUCGGCCUCGCCAUCCCAUCCCAUCGUCCCUCCGCCUGCGCGCUCCCCUUCGCCAACAACACGCAUCGCGCCGCCGUCUAUCCCUGCGCUUCAGAGUAACGUCAAUAGCCAUAGCCAGUUCCAGAACCACAACCUGAACCAUACCGACAUCUCCAUCUCCACCCCCUUCUCCGCUCCUCCUCCACCUCCCUUAACAUCCACAACGCCAUCUCAAACAUCGCCACCGCAGCAGCAACAGCAACAGCAACAAGGCCAACAAAGCCAGCUUCCACGCCCCACAUUCCUCCCCGAGCCCUCCCCCAUCCCGAUUUCCGAAAGCGAGAACCCCGACGCGAUCGCGCUCCGAUCAGCAAUCUCCAUCUUACAGAUGCAGAAGCAGCAAAGCAUGCGAGAUCUGCGGACACUCGAGCGAUUGAAGAAAGCGGCGGCCGCGGAUCCGGAGGCGUUUGCGCGGGAACUGGCGGCGGGGAAUUUAUCGGCGAGGAGGGAUGUGGGGGGAUUCCUUGGUUUGGACCCCAUGAGCCGGGAAGCGGAUGAUGAUGAUGGGGAUGAUGAGGGAGAUGUUGAUGUUGGUGGUGGUAGAGAGGAAGGAGGGCCGCGUGCGAAAUUCGAGACGAUACCCACGCCGCAGAACGUCGUGCGCAUGCCGCCGGUUAAUUGGGCCAAGUAUCAGAUCGUGGGGGAUCCGUUGGAUCGCAUGCAUGAGGAUCAGCGACGACGGCCGUUCUCCGGGGAGCCGAGACGAGAGGAUACGCAGAGGGCGCCGGAACAUGUUCUGGCUUCGCCGUAUCGGCCGUUGGUCGACAAGCUGGAGACGCCGAGUAAGGUUAAAGGUGCCAACAAAAGUAAGAAGACGUGA